UCCAGUGUACUGCUACAAAGAUGACAACUUCCCAAGCAUUUUGAUCACUUCAGGUUUGCCAAACUUGCUGGUUAAGAGUGACCUCCAUUGCAGAUCGAUUGAAUGUAGACUUUGCCCUCAUUCAUAAGGAGCGCAAGAAGGCCAAUGAAGUGGAUCGCAUGGUGCUGGUGGGUGAUGUGAAAGACAGAGUGGCCAUUCUGGUAGAUGAUAUGGCAGACACAUGUGGUACCAUUUGUCAUGCUGCGGACAAGCUUGUGUCAGCUGGAGCCACCAAAGUUUAUGCCAUCUUAACUCAUGGGAUCUUUUCUGGGCCAGCAAUUUCUCGGAUCAACAAUGCCUGUUUUGAGGCAGUUGUAGUCACAAACACGAUACCCCAGGAGGACAAGAUGAAGCAGUGCCCUAAAAUCCAGGUGAUUGACAUCUCAAUGAUCCUUGCGGAGGCCAUCAGGAGGACUCAUAAUGGGGAAUCUGUCUCCUACCUAUUCAGCCAUGUCCCUUUAUAACAACAGAUGCCAGCUGCUGCUUGUAUGGCUUUUUUUUAAAACCAAAAGUUGUUCAGCUUGUUGUAAAGUUCAGUAGAAGACUCUGCUUGUUCCAGUGCAGUUCUCCACAGCUCCUCCUGUUUAAGUCAGGCUUACUGGAUUUGAUCCCAACGCUGGGAGGCUGGGGGGGGAAGCUUAUCUCUGUAACACUCCAACUCCACCAGCAACCCUUGGCAUUGGGGCUCAUCAGUAGUAUUGACUCAAUUCUGCAGAUCUGUGGAGAGCAGGACUGACACAUGACUAAUUGCCACAAUUAUUU